AUGUACCAAAUGCAAAGUAUUUUGAAUGCUCUUCGUUCUACAAAGCAAGCACGUCAUUGGUUUGAAAACCAACAGACAAAAGAACUUUUGAGUGAAAUUUCUCUAGACCGGUUUUUUUCGGUCUUGCCUAAAACUCAUGAAAACAGUGAAGAACAGCGAGUAGGUAAAAAAACGGUCUUGCCUAAAACACAUGAAAACAGUGAAGAACAGCGAGUAGGUAAAAAACCCCAGUCGCCAAAACUCUAUGAAAAUCGUAAAAAUUUGCCAAAUGGUUUGAGAGGAUAUUAUGUACAUAGACUUCUUGUAAAUGCUGUUGCAAUGUGGGCUUCGCCUCUUCACCUAAACAUUAUUUUUAUUGAAUUCAGCAACAAAAAUCAUGAAUUUCCUUAA